CGCCGGCGCCACAGCUGAUGCAUUCAUUCAUUGACCACAGAGGAGCGGAGCCAUAAAUACAGUUGACACAAUGUCCAGACGCAGCGGCCGCAUCACUUUGCAAGCCAGAGAUUCAAACACACUUGAGCCGACCGUCAGAGCCCCGCUGAGGAAAAGAAAAUCAGAGCCCUCCAAGAAAAAACUACAACCCGCUGCCAAGAAACAAAGCUAUGAAAUACAGAAGUGUUGGUCAGAAGACGGAGCGAGUCCGUGCAUUCUCAUCGAAACUCCCCACAAAGAGCUGGAGCCUGCAGAUCCGUCCAGCUUCAAGCAGUACAGAUUCAAGAACCUCUUCAUCAAGGCCUCUCCUAUUCCCCGCCUCAGCUGGGCCAGCUCAGACGACGUGUGGAUCAAAAUGCUCAACAAGGAGCUGAAGUACGUUCACGACAAGAGCUACAUGCAGCGGCAUCCCAAACUGCAGCCCAAGAUGAGAGCGAUUCUACUGGACUGGCUGCUCGAGGUGUGUGAGGUGUACUCCCUCCACCGGCAGACGGCCUACCUCGCUCAGGACUUCUUCGACCGCUUCAUGCUGACUCAGGAGAACGUCAACAAAGACUACCUGCAGCUCAUCGGCAUCACUGCGCUCUUCAUCGCCUCCAAGAUAGAGGAAAUCUACCCUCCUAAAAUCGUAGACUUCGCCUAUGUCACAGACGGAGCCUGUGACAUUUGUGACAUCCAGCGCACAGAGCUUCACCUACUGAAGGCAUUAAACUGGGAACUGUGUCCAGAGACGCCCAUCUCCUGGUUGAAGCUGUACGCUCAGGUGGAAGCUCAGACAGACGGAGAGAACUUCCUGGUGCCGCAGUUCUCCCAGGAAAUGUACAUCCGGAUCACACAGCUGUUGGACCUGUGUAUGCUGGAUAUCAACUCGUUGGACUACAGCUACAGUGUUCUGGCUGCAGCUGCAUUCUGCCACUUCUCUACGUUUGAUGUCGUUCAUAAAGUCUCAGGCCUUACGUGGGACGGCGUGGCUCCUUGUGUUCGGUGGAUGAGUCCCUUCAUGGACGUGUUGCGGUCUGAACCCACUCCUCAACUCAAGAACUUCUCCAAAGUCAAACCCGACGCCCGACACAACAUCCAGACACACGUGGCUUAUCUGGAUCUGCUGAGAAAAUCUCAGGACUGUCGGCUCGACAACCUUGAAUGUCAGCUGUCACCCGUUGCCAUGGGAGCUACCCUGACUCCGCCCAGCAGCGCAGAGAAACCAGCCAAUCACUGAGCAGGACACAGAUCAGCGAGGACAUGCUACCUCUACCCACCGUCUGACCUGAAGUGACCUCUCUGACCACAUCAGCUCCUCACCAAACGGGACAGGAUUUUAGGAAAAGGCAACUUCCUGUAGCUUGUUUUUAUUUUUUUAAAACACUAAAUCUGAUUCCUGUCGGUAUUUUUUAUAAAAGUUCAUUGAAGUUGUCAGGCAUUGCAGUUCUCAGUUGACUUUUAUUUCUUUUCUUUUUUUUAAAAAUUAAUUUAGGAAUUGAUUUGAGAGGAAACGGAACAUUUUAGGUGAUCUGGGAGUUUCACUGGUGCUAUUCUUGAAAUCGAGUCUAAAAUGCUUUCAGAUGGUGCUUCAGUCGGAUUCUCAGGAAAAUGAAAAUGAGGAAUCUCAUUUUCUGCAACAAAUAUUUCAUCCUACUCUGAACUGGAGGAAAGUUCAUUUUUUCCUAAAUUCACAUUGUGUGUGAAUUUGCAGAUCUGCAUGUGUUAUCAUCGCAGCAAAGAAACAAUGUGAUUACACAGCAUGUCUGCUCUGUUUUGCUAUAUGAGCCACACGAACAAGACACUUUAUUUGCUGUUAAACAUCCUGAAACCUGCAGGUGUUUUCGAACGCACCUGACCUGUUUGUUUGGCUCAGUAAUUCCCUUUUUUUUUGUUUGUUAAAUCGUGAUUAUAGUUGCAACCUGGUUGCACAUUCUUGUUACAUUCCUGAGAAACUUGACUUGCAGAGGAAAACUGCACAUGAUUGUGCAAAGUUUUUGCUUUUCAUUUUUAAGUGCUUGUAUUUAUUGAUAAGCCUUAGUAUGUAAAAACAAAAUGUACCAUAUGUAAAAAAACAAAUCUUCAGUGGUGAAAGAGCUCUGUUUGAUCGCUGCCAAAGGCAAAAGCUAUUUAUGAUUUUGCUCUGUGACACCUGUUGUUCAAUUACAGUUCCUCAUUAAAUGUUGUACACUAGCCAGACCUUUCUUAGUGCCUUUUUAAAAGAAAUAUGAACUGUACGGCUACUUAAUUUAAGCUGCAGCUAGCCGAAAGGCUGAACGAGCCUGUGACUGUAAAUCUGAAUCCUCCACAGCUGGAUGGAGGCUUGCAGUGAACAAACAACCAUGUAAACUGUGUGUAGAUGUUAAAGAAUGUAUGUUUUUGUACAUAACGGAAUUCAGAAAUGUGUAAUUUUCUUUUAUAUUGGAAUGUUUUAAUAAAUGAAGUAAAAUGAA